UAUGUGAUGGUGUCGACAAUUGUGGUGAUGGUUCAGAUGAGAAUAAUAUGACGCUGUGUGCCAAUAAACAGAAACCAUGUGAUCUUUACACGCAAUAUCAAUGCGCUAAUAAGAAUUGUGUUGAGCGCUCCCAGGUUUGUGAUUACUCCGAUGAUUGCGGCGAUGCUUCGGAUGAGUUAGGCUGUCACCACACCAACACCUGCUCGGAACUGACACGCGGCGGUUGUGAGCAUCACUGUCACAAUCUCACCGAUGGCGGCUACAUCUGCGCUUGUUAUCCGGGCUAUAUUAUCUCAGCGGAGAACAAGAAGCGCUGCUUGGACGUAAACGAAUGUAUAACGCGCCAACAUACCUGUUCGCAUAUGUGUCAAAACCUCAAUGGCACAUAUUCGUGCUCGUGUCGUGAAGGCUUCCGUUUGGUGGAUAGUCAGUCUGGCGUAUGCAGAGCUGAGAAGGAGGACAUUGUGCUUGUAUUCGCGAACGGACCAGAAAUACGUGGCUUAGAUUUACAGAAGCGCGAGGAAUUCGAUGUGAUAGCAGCCGAAAAACGCAUUGAAGCUUUGGACUAUGAUGCGCAGCAACAAAUCGUUUUCUGGGCGGACAGCUAUGACAAGACAAUCAAACGCUCGUACAUGGUGAACGCCUUGGACGGCCAGGCAAAGAUAGGUUUUGCGCAAGAUUUGAAUAUGAAAGGAGGUUCUAAACCGACGGCGGUUGCCAUAGAUUGGCUGGCAUCGAAUCUCUACUGGACUGAAGUUGAUCGCACUGGCUCAAAACCACGUGGUCGCGUUAUGGUUGCCAAAACGGAUGGACGCUACAGGCGUUCGAUAGUAAAUGCCGGUCUCGAGGUGCCCACAUCCAUUGUAGUGAAUCCACAACUGGGUCGGGCCUACUGGGCUGAUGCCGGUUCGGCGCCGAAGAUUGAAGUUUCUUGGAUGGAUGGCUCGAAACGUCGCCCGCUCAUCACGGAGCAAAUACGUCACCCUACUGGCCUUACAAUUGACUAUUCGCAAGAUCAUAUCAUUUACUGGGUGGAUACAAAAUUGAACACCAUCGAGUCGAUGCGUAACGAUGGCUCGCGCCGCAAGGUGAUAGUAAAGGGCGAUCAGCUGCGUCAUCCCAUCUCUUUGGACAUCUUCGAAUCUACCAUGUACUGGGUAACGCGAGACUCCGGCGAAGUGAUACGUCAAGAUAAGUUCGGUCGUGGCGUGCAGGUAAUCAUUCAUCGUAAUCUCGUCAAUCCGUCCGGCCUGAAGGUCUAUCAUGAGCAACGUUACAAUACAUCGCUACGCAAUCCAUGCUAUGAGUCCAGUUGCUCGCAUUUGUGUCUGCUAGUACCUGGCGGUCAUCGUUGCGCUUGUCCAGAUAAUUCCGGUCCACUGCCAUCGCAUCGCAGCACUGCCGAAGUGAUUUGUGACGCUGCAGCGGAGCGACCACGUCCUGCGCCCCGUAUUUGCCCAUGCCAGAAUGGCGGUCUAUGCCGCGAAGAUGAACGUGGCGAUUUGUACUGCGAAUGCCAGCCUGACUUUAAGGGCGAGCAUUGUGAUCGCAGUGUAGCCGGCGCAUUCGGUCACGGCGGUGCCAAUGUAACAGCAGUUGUAGUACCGAUAAUGGUGAUACUGCUGGUGUUGCUGACAGCGGGUGGCGCGUGGUAUGUCAUACGGAAGAAGCCAUUCGGUAAAUUGGCGCGUCUACCGACAUUAACAUCAUCACAAAGUGUUACGUUCCGCCAUGGCACAAACGUUGAGUUCAACGCACCUGGUUUUGCAGGUGGCGCAGCGGCGGAUCCAUCCAAUGAUGUACCUCCCAUUGAGGGCUAUAAUCUGCAGACCGUGAAUACGGCUAAAACGCGUGAUUUCUCGAAUCCAAUGUACGAUGCCGUGCAGUCGGGCACCAACAACGAUCCAAGCCUGAGCAAUGGAACAGGUAUUUACGAAGUGCCACAUGAUCCCUCCAAAUCGAAACCGAUUGGUCCGUUUACCGAACCCGUCUCGGCCAUAUUAGCGCCCAGCAGCAUAACACACAAAUCAUCACCGCAAUUGCAAUUGCGUACCAGAGAACUGGAUCCAUCAGCGGAUACCGGCAAGGAUACGCAGUAUCUUGUUGAAGAGGAUAAGUCUGAAUGCUGAUAUAAAAUUACAUAGAACGAAAUUCAUCACAAUUACCAGCAACAAAUGCAACAACAACACCACCACAAAUAUAAAAUCAACAACAACAACUACAGCAAAUCAAAUGUAACGAGUACAUAUUCCAACUAUUGUAUACAAACGAAAACAAAAACAAAAACGAAAAGAAAACAACAAACAGACAUAUUUACAACGCUUUAGAUACGAAAGAAAAAGAUUUAAAAAAAAUAUAGAAAAAAUGCUUGUAAAUUAAUUUUGUGUAAAAAAAAAA